UUUAAAUGUCCAAUUUCGCCAGUGCAGUUUUGACUGUAGCUGGUGCGAGUGCAGGAGCUCCCCCCGGCCGCUGGAGGGCGCCGACCGAGAUCCUACCUCCUUUUCACGGUGACGAAAGCAGCGGGGUUAGAGGUCAGGGUUGAAUGUUUGACAGAAGGCUGAAUAUGGAUUCCAUUUUUCAUGAGAAACAAGAGGGCUCUCUUUGCGCCCAGCACUGUCUCAACAACCUCCUGCAGGGUGAGUAUUUCACUCCUGUGGAUCUGUCCUCCAUCGCUCAUCAGCUGGAUGAAGAGGAGAGAAUGAGGAUGGCGGAGGGAGGGAUGGCCAGCGAGGAGUAUAGGACCUUUUUACAGCAACCAUCUGGGAACAUGGACGACAGCGGGUUUUUCUCAAUACAAGUAAUUAGCAAUGCUCUGAGGGUGUGGGGCUUGGAGCUAAUCCUUUUCAACAGCCGGGAGUACCAGAGCCUGAUGAUCAAUCCAAUAAAUGAGAAAGCCUUUAUUUGCAACUACAAGGAGCACUGGUUUACUAUACGCAAACUUGGACAACAGUGGUUUAACCUAAACUCACUGUUGACUGGACCAGAGCUGAUAUCUGACACCUAUCUAGCACUUUUCCUUGCACAGUUACAGCAAGAAGGUUAUUCCAUUUUUGUGAUCCGAGGAAACCUCCCUGAGUGUGAAGCAGAGCAGAUCCUUGGGAUCAUGAGAGUGCAGCAGCAGCAGCGGCCAAGGCUUAUUGGAGAGGAGGAGGCCCAGACAAGUGCAGGCAGGCCAGCAGCUCUGGCCCAGACGGAGAUGGGCUUUGGUGUGGAGGAUGAGGUUGUGGAUGAAGAUGAAGAACUUAAAAAAGCUCUGGCACUCAGCAGACAGGACAUAGAUGUGGAAGAUGAAGAAGCUGAUCUUCGCAGGGCCAUACAGCUCAGCAUGCAAGGAGCAGUGAUGAGCAACAAGUCCUCAGAAUCUGAAAUGGGAAAUGUGAAAUCGGGGAGUGCUACAGGAGGACAGAAAGCAGGCCAGAGUGAGACACUCACAGCCGAGGAACUGCGGAAGAGAAGACAAGCCUAUUUCGAUCGGCAGCAGCAACAAGCUCAGCCGAACAUUCCUCAACAACCAGACACAAAAUCGACAACUGGCUCAGGAUCAGUAAACACUGGAGAGGAGGACCAACAACAAAAGCCCAGCCAGUGAAGAAGGUGUGAAAGGUUUUCCUAUGUUGUUUACCAGCUGCCUGGAUUGGCAACCCCUUACAGGGGUAGCUUUGCUCCUUCCUCUAACCUUUUGCACAUGCGAACAAAAGGAAAGUCAGGAAAGGCUGACACGUUUCCCCCUGGUUAGUUCGCUGACAGGCUAUAGAGAAGAGAACAACGACAAAGAAAAGGCAGCAGUUAGUUUAAUCUAACUCACUGAGGCACUGAGGCUGGGAAAAGGGUGACCACAGAACUCAUGACGCAGUUAAAUCCAAGUUUGCAAUUGCCUUUUUACCAUGGCGCCUUCUAUUUCUAUUGUGUACUGUUUUUUUUUUUAUUCUCGUUUUUCCUCUGGAAGAGAUGGAAAGGAAUCUUGAGCAUACAAAGGGUGUGUUUAAUGAAGUGGGAUAUGAGUGUUGUGUGAAGGCCACAGGAGACCAAUGCUAAGACCACAGAUAAAAGUUUGACAGAUAAUGACUGAGCCUCCUUCCUUUAUAUUGGACUUGUGUUAAGAUGCAAUUCCAACGUCUGCCCCACCAAAACACCCAUCGUAGUUUUGAAAUAAUUUUCUUGCCGCAACAUACCGAAACAUCUUUUAGCCAGUAGCACUAACACAUGUGGGUCAUUUAUUCCCGACUUCAUCAAUUAUUUUACCUGUGAGUGAAAGAGUGAACUCUUAUGGUAUUUAGACAGCAACAUAUUUUGAUGUUGUGGCUUUGUUUUUACCUUUUUAAAUGUAUAAGUAGGCAUAAUAAGAAAAGAACUGAGAUUACACAGCUCGCAAACACUUAAUUUAAGGGUGUUUUUGUCCAUUCUGGAUGGAGAGCGAGCAACUUGAUAAUUCUAUAGCGCUAUAUCCCGAAUUGCAGAUACUUUUGCGUGAUGCAUAUUUUUCAUAUCUUGUCCAAGAUAAGUUGACGUGUAACAGGGAACAAAGAAGAAAUCUGUAAACACCAGGGAACAGCAACUGAAACAUAGUUGAUGUUUCCAGCACAGUAUGAUCACUUAAGAACCAAAUUAAGUCUGACAUGUCCAACAGGCCUUCCUUGUAUUUGACUGCAUCUGUUGUUUUUUCCUAAUCAGUAUUUGUCAUGAACCAGCUAAAGAAAUGUGUUACGAACAGAAACAAACAGCUGAUGAUUUUACUCUUGUAUGUUACAGCCCAUGAAAUAAGCAUUUGAUUGCACUGAUUUGACUUUAUUCCAAUCAUACUUAGAUCAAAGUUUACACACGUUGUAGUUCUACGAAAGUAUCUUCAUUUGCACUGAGGUUGUCAUGAAUUAAAGGGCAAUUCCAGUAUAUAAACCUGGGCACUACUUUUUUUUUGUUUGUUCAUUUGUUUUACAUAUUUUGGGGUCUAAAUGAUUACUGGGUACAAAUGUUUUGGAAAUGAUUCAGUUGAUUACCUCAGUUGGCAGCCGCAACAUCCCGUAAUGGCUGGCAUCUAAUCCUUAAGGCUAAAAGUAAUUCCUCAAGAGUGCCUGUUUUUGUCACCAACAUGUUUGGAUUAUUAUUCAAAGCGCCUUAGAAGGAUGCUUACAGAGACAGACCUCUUUAUUUUAGAAGUCUGAUCCUAUUUGAUUAAGCAGAAACAGCCAUUAUAUCAAUCUGUUCUAAAGCAAUAAAUUUACUUUGCGGAACGCAGAAGUUGCUCGUCUGCUGUGGCCCCGGUUGGUUGUUUUGUUUAUGUUAUUCUGUGAUUUCGGUGUUACUUCAACACGUUACUUUGGCAUUGCCAACCAACAUGUCGAAAUACCAAAAGAAAAUAGGGCUUGGGUUUUGAAAAUACCACAAUUACCCUUUGAAGCUACGGAAGCCAUUGGUGGAUUGAUGGCCUAACAGUAAAAUACAAUGAAGGGUGACUGUUAUUUAACCUCAUACUUAACACAGUCUAAAAAUCCAAAGAGAAAAAAUAAAACAUCAAAAACGUGUCACCGUGUGUAAACUUAAAAGUGUGCAUUUUAUUCUUUUUUUCACUUGAUUCUGACAACAGCUUGGUUUAAAUCCCUCUUAAUUCCCUCUACAAGCUUCUGUUCAGACCUCAAAACCAAAAUCUGGUUGCAACACAUAAUGCCGAUGAAUAGACCACAUUACAGCAUUAAAACAGUGACAUUAGUUUAUGGUUGUUUGUUCUGGGUGACCGCAUGGAUAUAUCUUGAUGCUUCCACUAAAGUAUUGGAUGUCAUGACAACUUUUGACUUCUCGUGCUGGAUUGACCUCCAAGAUGAUUCCAUGAUUUCAUUACCGUGUUUGUUUCCUUUGAAUCUGUUGGGCCUUUUUUUUCUUUUCUAUUUAAAAUGCACCUGUAAAAGGGUAUUAAGUGUUGGUAGCUGGAUUUUUAUCAUGACAUUGUUUUCACUCAUUACGUUCUUACAGUAAGUACUCAUCAUUUUUGUUAUAUUUCACAUUACCAUAGCACAUUCUUUCAUUAAAUGUAUUAGGUCUUGUUCCAGGAUUAAAGUGAUAUUCACUCCA